AUGCUGUCUCGUUCAAUCAGGGCUGGUUCUCUGCUCUCUUCAAGGUCUCUUGCUCUCCGCGCUGCACGUUCUUACGCAACACAGCAGCCAGACAGCAAAAAACAAAAUGAAGAAAAUAAUGCCAACGUAGACAACAAACAACAGUCCGACAGGUCGGCAGACCAGCCUCAGAAGCCAGAACUACCGAAAGCCUUGGAGGGCUUCUUCCAGCAGUACCAGCAGUCUCAGAGGGGAAGGCAGUCUCACCAACAUGAAUCUUCGUCCUCAGAAUCGUCCCAAGAGAAUCAGAGAAACCGCAGGAAGGAACCACCACCGCCACCACCCAACAACAACUUCAAUAACCAGCAGUUGGCCUGGGUCGCUGCCUCGGUCGUUGCAGUUCUCGCCUACCAAAGCCUCAACAGCACCCACUCCAAGGACAUCACAUGGCAGGAGUUCCGCACCGCCUUCCUCGACAAGGGCCUCGUCGACAAGCUAAUAGUCGUCAACGGCCAAUACGUUCGUGUCAAGCUUCACUCGAAUGCUACCGGUACUAUGUAUCCUGGAGCAACCCCCGGCGACUACCAUUUCACAAUUGGCAGCGUAGAGGCAUUCGAACGCAAGCUUGACCAGGCCCAGGAUGAACUCGGUAUCCCCAGCCACGAACGCAUCCCUGUCGCAUACCAGGACGAAAUGUCCGGCUUUGGUGUUUUGCUCAACUUUGCACCAACCCUUCUCAUGGGUGGCCUCAUUUACUGGCUAAGCCGUCGAGGUGGAAGCGGCGCCGGCGGUGGAAUAUUCAACAUCGGCAAGAGUCGGGCCAAACUCUUCAACAAGGACAACCAGGUCAAGGUCAAGUUCAAGGACGUGGCCGGAAUGGACGAGGCAAAGGUGGAGAUCAUGGAAUUCGUCAAGUUCUUGAAGGAUCCCGCCAAGUACGAGAAACUUGGAGCCAAGAUUCCUCGGGGCGCUAUUCUCUCUGGUCCCCCCGGUACUGGUAAAACUCUUCUCGCAAAGGCAACUGCAGGAGAAGCUUCAGUGCCCUUCCUCUCUGUUUCCGGUUCCGAGUUCGUGGAGAUGUUCGUCGGUGUUGGUUCUUCGCGUGUGCGAGACCUCUUUGCAUCUGCAAAGAAGAACGCGCCUUGCAUCAUCUUCGUCGACGAAAUUGACGCCAUCGGUAAAGCCCGAGGCAAGGGCGGCAACUUCGGCGGCAACGACGAGCGGGAAUCCACACUCAACCAACUCCUCGUCGAGAUGGACGGUUUCGGCACGAAUGAACACAUCGUCGUCCUCGCAGGUACCAACAGACCGGACGUUCUCGACCCGGCUCUCAUGCGUCCAGGCCGAUUCGACCGACACAUUGCCAUCGACCGCCCCGACGUUUCUGGCCGCAAAGCCAUCUACCAGAUCCACUUGAAGCCCCUUCGACUCACUGAAGACCUCAAGAAAGACUAUGAGAACUUUGCCCAGAAGCUCGCCAUCCUUACUCCCGGUUUCUCUGGUGCAGACAUCGCCAACGUCUGUAACGAAGCCGCUCUCCAUGCUGCACGAAAGGGCUCCGAAUACGUCGAAUCUGUUGACUUUGAUACCGCUAUCGAGCGUGUCAUCGUAGGUCUGGAGAAGAAGAGCCGUGUUCUCAGCCCUGAAGAGAAGAAGACGGUCGCCUAUCACGAAGCCGGCCAUGCCAUCUGCGGCUGGUACCUCGAACACGCCGACCCUCUCCUCAAGGUUAGCAUCAUCCCCCGUGGUGCUGGCGCUUUGGGCUAUGCCCAGUAUCUCCCCGCCGACCGCUACCUUCUCUCCACGCCCCAAAUGAUGGACAGAAUAUGCAUGACCCUUGGCGGUCGUGUAUCCGAAGAAAUCUUCUUUGGUGCGGAGAACAUCACGACAGGUGCCCAGGACGACCUCCAGAAGAUCACCCGGAUGGCGUUCGAGGCUUGUGCCAACUAUGGUAUGAACGAUGUCAUUGGACCGGUUAGCUACGGUGGAGAUCGGGCGACCAAGGAGAGCUGGACGAAGCCUUUCAGCGAGAAGACGGCGGAGAUGUUGGACAACGAAGUGCGGAAGAUGAUCACCAAUGCCUACGAGCGCACUCGUAACCUUCUUACGGAGCGUCGUGCGGAGGUGGAGAAGGUUGCACAGCGGUUAUUGGAGAAGGAGGUUAUCACUCGUGAGGAUAUGAUCGAACUCCUCGGCAAGCGACCAUUCACCGGACGGUCAGACGAUAUGGACAAGUGGCUGGACGAGAACCGGGGUGAGAGGAGUGCACCUCCACCACUCGAGCCACCCUCGGACAGCGGCCGUCUAGAUGACCCUCCUGAACCACAACCCGCCCUCACAAAAGCACUCGACAGACGGCCAUGGUUCUGAAUUGAUCGACCUGCAAACUAGUACCUCGCAGACAUCCGCGUUCGCGCAUUCAUAGACUCCCCUUCGAUUCUCGCAUGCCUCGCUGUAUUUUAAGCAAUCUUUGUGUAUCAUUCUACGUAAUUUUUAACAACACCCUCCUCACUAUACACUCCUUACUCACCACGAUAUACGUACGCGUUCGCUCUAUAGAUACACAUAUU